AUGGAAAAUCCAAAAUUAUUCUACAGCUACAUAAGAAGCAGCACACGAAACAGAGAUCCAAUCCCCCUCCUGAAGACAAGCGGAGACGUAGAGAUUAGUGAGGAUGGAGAAGAAGCUGAGCACUUUUCACAAUUUUUCAAAUCCAUCUUUACUAGUGAAAGUCCAUUUACUCCUCCCGACUACGACUUUGAUGAGGGUCCGAAAAUUGAGUCUGCAUCUUUUGCUGAAUCGACGGUUCGCAAAGAGCUAAUGACGCUAAAUGAGUCGAAAUCAUCAGGUCCAGACGACAUACCGCCUAAGUUACUGAAGGAGCUCGCUGCCGAACUAGCCAAAACAUUAUCCAUGCUUUUCCAAGCCUCGUUCGAAGCCGGCUGCUUGCCCGCCGACUGGAAAUCUGCGCGGAUCAAACCACUGCAUAAAGGAGGCAGCAAGGCCUCUGCAAACAAUUAUAGACCAAUUAGCCUCACCUCUAUCUGUUGCAAACUCAUGGAAAAAAUAAUCAAGCGAGACCUGAUGCGCUUCCUACAGCAGCAUAAUUUAUUAUCUGAUGCGCAGCAUGGGUUUCGUAGUGGCAGGUCUUGCGUGACUAACUUGCUCAACUGUUUGGAACGUUGGACUCGGUCAGUUGAUGAAGGCAAUGCGCUGCAUGUAGUCUAUAUCGACUUUAAAAAGGCAUUUGAUAGUGUCCCACAUCAGCGACUCCUGCACAAACUGAGCCGAACAAACGUUAGGGGUAACCUCUUAAAAUGGAUUCAAAGCUUCCUAUUAGACCGUUGUCAAACUGUCCAUGUCGGUGGCCAGAAGUCGACGGAGGUUGCCGUUGCAAGCGGUGUUCCCCAAGGCUCAGUUCUUGGUCCUACUUUGUUCAUCAUUUACGUCAACGAUUGCGUGAGUGGACUGGAUUGUGGUGUCGCCAUGUUUGCGGAUGACAUUAAGCUCUGGAGCGUCAUUCGAACUGCAGAUGACGAAGAGCAUCUGCAGGCGAACCUAAACCGACUUCAACAGUGGUCAAAGGCCUGGCUUCUGCCGUUCAACGAGAAAAAGUGUAAUAUUCUAUGA